GACAUUGUGUGGCAUCAGUCGGUUCAAUCAACACAGACCAAGAUGUACAAGUUGGUGGUGUUGUGUGCUUUCUUCGCUAUCGCGGCGGCCAAGCCUGAUUUGCUGCUGACGGCUCCUGUGACGAGCUACACUACGUACGUGUCUCCGGCGUCCACCACCAUCACCAAGCAGGCCAGCAGCGUCAUCCAUCCAUCGCCCAUUUUGUACAACACUCCUCUGGCGUACACUCACCUGAUCAAGAAGCGUUCGCCGCAACUGCCUCUAACUUACUUCGCGCCUACCAACUACCUGUCUACGAGUCCCUUGGCUACUACUUAUACCACACCGUUCGUCCAUGGCGCUCCUAUCUUACCAGCAGCGACUCUGCCCAUAGCUGCAGCUCACUUGAUCAAGAAGAGGGCCGCCCCUGUGCUGCCAACAACCUUCAUCACUCCUGCUACCUAUACCGCGACAUCGCCUAUCGUUGCUUCCACCUACUCUUCUCCUUUGAUCUCAACCCCCUUGAUUAAUUCUGCUCCUUUAAUUUCUCACCCUUAUGCCUAUACAACCCAUUUCAUUAAGAAGCGUUCCGCCCCAAUCCUGAACACGUACCUUGCUCCUACGUCCUAUUCGCACCAAUCAAGAAUUGAUCUUCAUAGCACUCCUCUGAUCACAUCUUACACCAGCCCAUUGGCGUACACUGCCCCAAUCGCUACUGUGUCUCACGUCUUUUCGUUCAGUCUUGAAACAAUCAAGAUGCUUCGCUUCGUGGUUUUGUUUGCCUGCGUCGUGGCGUGUAGCAGUCACGCUGUGCCAGUUGUGGUCCCGACAGUGCACGCAGCUCCAGUGGUUGCUGCGUACCCGUCGCAUGGAGCACUGGGACACGGACUGGCGGGCGACGGUGCUUUGGGCCACGGUUUGGCUGGCUACGGAGCAAUCGGCUACGGUCUGGCGGGCAAUGGUCUCACGGGCCACGGUCUCGCUGGGCAUGGUGCUCUGGGCCAGGGUCUAGCGGGCCAUGGUCUCGCGGGCCACGGUCUCGCGGGUCACGGUCUCGCGGGUCACGGUCUUGCGGGCCAUGGUGCAUUGGGACAUGGUAUUGCAGGCCACGGUGCAUUAGGACACGGCUUCGUAGGUAAAUCAUUAGGACAUCACGUUUACAAGAGAUCACCUCACAUCGUAGCUCCGUUGGCUCAUGGUGCCCAUUUGGCGCCAGCUGCAAUAGCUCAUGUGGCUCCGGUCGCACAUUUGGCUUCUGCGGCUCACGUCGUUCCUGUGGCGGUGUCCCACCAGUCACGCGUGGAUGUGCAUACCGCGCCCGCCGUGGUCGCUGCGCCGAUCAUUCCUGUCGUGAAGCCAGUCCUCGCUCCUGUGCUACACGCGGCUCCAGUCUUGCAUAAAUCUUUUGUCACUGGACCUCUAGGUUUUGGCGCGGGCCACUUCGGACACUAUGCGUCCGUGUACCCGCAUCAUGGCCACGGACAUUACUAGUCAUUUAAGCAAGUAUUGAGGCUAUUUUCGUAACUUGGUAUUUCUUUUAAUAGUAUUAAAAGAUUAGGUAAUGGUAUA